UCCCUGUCUAGUGUGGUUGUGAUAUUAUUGUAUUGAACCCUAUCGCGCGCGAUUGCUGAGAAUUGAGUUUCGCCGAAGUUGUCUCGAUCAUCUAACCAAUGCCAUAUCUCUACAAGAGUGGCAGGCAAAGGGUGGUGAAGCGGCCGUUGUUUCAGGUGUGGUGUGGGGGGUGUGGGAGGGGACGGGGAGCGGGACCGCCAGGUGCGUCCCCCCAGUCCCCCACGCGCGCGUCGUCGCACCAGUGGCAGUCGUCAAGUCAGCUGGACCCUGUGAACAAGAAAGAUUUAACCGCCGUGUACCGCGUACUUCACAGCUGUACAUUCUGCAAAGGAGAGCGGGUAUACCGAGCAAGUGCGCCACCGUUUCGACACUACGUCGCGGAUGUCCCGGCGAGCGCAGCGAACUGGUCCGCCUGGCUUGGCCUGGGCGUGGCGGGGCGUGCUGGAGCAGCAAAGGCGUCAGCCAGAAACAAAACCCCCAGCUCAGACCAAAGAGUUGGAUUGUCGCCUGCCCUGCUUUCUUCCAUCUCCCUCCAGCAUCGACGUAUGUGGAAUAGUGACUACUCCUACUUGCCAAAGGAUGAGUCUGCGGAAUCCGAAUGCGCGAGCCGGGCGAUCGAGGUGUCACCCCCGCGCCUGACAUCCUGGACAAGUCCCGGGAGGCGCCGAUCCAUCACACGGCACCGGAGAGAGACAUCGGCGGCUGCAGGACGGAGCGAGGAGGAGCUCCGCAUUGCCCUAGUGGAAUGCGGCCGCGGCCUCUACCCCGACGACCCGUACACCCAGCACCCGGCUGACCGCUAAACCGCUCAGCACGGUGCGCAGCACGGGCCCCGACGGUCAGCAGCGUUCACCUUUGACGCACAGAACCACAAAAAAUAUGGUGUGCUUCUUGUAAGACAGUCCCCAAGACUGCCUGUGCACUGUAAAAAGUAAAUAUAUUUUGUAACUAAUUGUUACAAAAUAUGUUGUAAAUUUGCCACAUCCUAACCCUGCUUGUCGAUUAAGUCUAAUAUACAUAGAUCAUGGUA